CCAAACAGGAUCUGGCACCUAUACUUAAGGACUGGAGAGACGCUCUUCCACUUCCUUUUCUUUUCUCUUCCUUUCUAUGUCGGUCAUUCGGAGAAGCAUUACAUUAAUUCCCCGAAAUAGAUCGGUAUUAUGAUUUCUUCUUUUGGAGAUGGCGGUAAUCGUCGGAGGUCUUGGCCUUUUAGAAAGAGGAGUUCACUGGGAAAUCUUAGCUUGCACGAAUCACUAGGCUCGGAAAACUAUCCAGAAAAUGUGGUCAUAGUGAUGGAUGGGAUGGAAGAAUUCACAAUCGAGGCCACAAAAUGGGCUCUUGAGAAUGUUAUUGUGCCUGGACGUUCACUUCUCACUCUCGUCGGUGUAAUGCCAUGGCUUAACAUUCCACUUUAUUUCAAGACAGCAUGGCUUGAUGUUCUGAAGCCGCCUAAUGUGAACGAGAAAAGAGGGUUGGGAAGUGAUGCCAGAAAUCUAAAACUUCAAGCAGUCGAUGAACUUUGCAGAGAAUAUGGGGUUGUGGCACAAAAAAGGGUUGUAAUGGGUCAUCCCUCACGACUGUUGGCAGUUGAGCAAAUCACGUGCCUUAAUGCGACAUGGGUGGUGUUGGAUAGGUUGCUUUGCGUUUCAUGGUUUCAGACAUCAAAGAAAGAACAGUCAAUUUUAUGCCAAAAAAAUCCCAUGCAAUAUGGUGAUCAUGAACGAUGGAGGAGGGGCUGACAUGAUUAGAGGCCUGCCGACAAUUAGUAGCGGAGAGAACACUCCAGUCGAAUCACCAGCAUCAGUACCCACUCCAAAAGUUAUCAUCUCCAUGGAGUUCGACGAAAUUCUCAAGGAACGAACUCAUGAAUAUCAGGAUAAAAAAUUGAGGGGAAGUUUUCUUGUUGAAGCCAAUGCUUUGAGAGACCAAGGCCGGCAGGAGAUAUGAUCGAUGCAUGCAUGCAUGCGUGCAGAUGGUUUAAAACUUAAAUGCCUGUACAAUGAGACAAUAAGAGAUUAGAAUGGCUUUGUAAUAAAAAAAUUUACUAUCAUGCAUAUAUGAUAUAUAUGGCGCCUUGGGCUAUUUAUAUA